AGACGUAAACAGAGUUGGAAACUGAAAUGUAUCGGCGUGUAUACUUUACGUAGAAAUCUAUGCAAGUACUUGUGUUUCAUACCAUUUGAAGUAUUUUAUUUAUUUUACGAUAUGGCCAAACAUCAUCCAGAUUUAAUCUUUUGCAGAAAGCAACCAGGAGUCGCUAUCGGGAGACUGUGCGAAAAAUGUGAUGGUAAAUGUGUAAUUUGCGAUUCAUAUGUAAGACCAUGUACUCUUGUCAGAAUAUGUGAUGAAUGUAAUUAUGGAUCUUAUCAGGGUCGAUGUGUUAUUUGUGGUGGACCUGGUGUCUCUGACGCUUAUUAUUGUAAAGAAUGCACAAUUCAGGAAAAGGAUAGAGAUGGUUGUCCAAAGAUCGUUAAUCUAGGGAGUUCGAAGACUGAUUUGUUCUAUGAAAGGAAAAAGUAUGGGUUUAAAAGAAGAUAAGAGUCGAUGGAGAAAGAUUCUAAUUUGUACAAAUGUCUUUUUUAUGUUCUAAAUAAAUACUUUUCGCUGUAAUGCUAUUCA